ACUCAUGCUAGCUCUCUGAAUGCUUGAUUGCUUCAUUGUUGAUUUUCUUCCUAAAGAUAACAGGCCAAAUGCUUUAAACAAAUACCAAGGAAAAAAUUAAACCACGGACUGACCUUUGCAGACAUUUUGAAAUGGAGUGUCCAUUCCGAAGCUUUUGAUUCAGUUUGCGAGUAAAUAUGGUGGAAGGAGUCAAACCAGAAACUGUUGCAAUGUUUAAAGAUGCCUUCGCCAUGUUCGACAGAGAUGGUGAGGGAUUCAUCUUGACCCGGGAACUGGGUCCCAUAAUGAGAUCUAUGGGCUACGCCCCAACAGAAGCUGAACUUGCAGACAUGAUAAAUGAGGUUGACUCCGAUGGAGAAGGAAUCGUGUACUACGAAACUUUUCAAAUGUUGAUGUCUAGACACGCAAAGACGUUAGAGACAGUUAAGGAACUAAUGGAAGCCUUUCUAGUGUAUGAUCGAGAGAAGAAAGGCAUUGUGUCUUGUUCAGAUCUCAGACAAGUCUUACAACAAGUAGGUGAAAAACUGAGCAGCGAAGAAGUAGACGAGAUCAUAAAUUCAGCGGAAAAUGCCCCUGGCGGACACAUAUAUUAUGAGGAGAACCGAAUUCCAUGCGUUGCUAGCAAACUGUCCCCAGAACAGAUUAUGGAAUUCCGAGUGGCUUUCAGUCUCUUUGACAAAGACAAUGACGGUAGCAUAAAUGCAAAGGAACUAGGAACUGUCAUGAGGGCCUUGGGCCAGAAUCCUUCCGUCACAGAACUCAGGGCAAUGGUGGAUGAGGUGGAUUUAGACGGAAAUGGAGUAAUUGAUUUCGAAGAAUUUCUGGAAAUGAUUGUCAAAGAAAUGAACAAGACUGACACAGAGGAAGAAAUGAGAGAGGCCUUUAAGAUUUUCGACAGGAGCGGGAACGGUUUCAUCACUGCAAAAGAGCUAAAGCAUGGCAUGGUCUACAUGGGAGAGAGGCUUUCCGAUGAAGAAGUCGAAGAAAUGAUGAGAGAGGCUGACAGUGAUGGGGACGGAAGGAUAAGCUUUGAGGAGUUUAGAGCUGUGUUUGAUUUGUUUACCGAGGACGGGUCUGAUGUUCUCAGUAUCGAAAACCUGGAGCGUGUGUUGAAGACCUGCGGAAGAGAGCCAUCGUCUAAAGACCUGAGAGAAGUGAUUCGUUUAGUGGAUCCUACAGGGAAAGGAGAAAUAUCGUUUGAAGAUUUUGUUUUGGUGAUGUCCAAACAGAUUCGACACAGUGACAAGGAGGCCGAGUUAACGGAGGCGUUUCGCGCCUUUGACGCCGAUAGAAGUGGAUACAUCAGUGCACAUGAACUUAGAACUGUGAUGACGAACAUGGGCGCUAAAAUGACGGAGGAGGAGAUUAACGGAAUGAUUAGUGAGAUUGACAUUGAUGGCGAUGGAAAAAUCAACUUUGAAGAGUUUGUGAGACUUGUUAUCAGCCGAAAGGAUCUUCUACUUCGAUAAAUUUUCAUUAUCACUUUCAUUCCACGAAAAAGAAAAGGAAACAAUCCAAUGAACCUUUAAUCCAUGUAUUACUUUUAUAUGACAUGUAUGAAUUUUGAAAUUAAUUAUAAAUAAAUGCACAACAAAUACCA